GAUAGAUAGGAUGUGUCGGUUUGUCUUCAAUAAAACUUACGAAAUCUCCGAGAAAUAAAUACGAUUAAAAAUAUUUAAAAGUGAAUCCUUUAUUUCUAUUUUUAUUUUUACUUUUACUUUUACUUCCUCUCUCAUGGUUAAUAUUCAUAUUUUAGGAACUGGUGCCAUUGGUUGUCAUAUUGGUGCUGUUCUUAAAUCACAUCAGAAUAAGGUAACUCUUCUUCUUCGUUCACAGUCCCAUUUUGAGGACUUUAAAAAUAAACAAAAUAGCAUCACUUAUCGUUGUCAAGGAAAAGCUAAUGUCAUUGCUGGUUUCGAUGCUGAUGUCGUAGGUGAAAAUGCUAAUAAGCCUCCUAUUGAGUCUCUUAUCGUUUCUACUAAGGCUAAUCAUACUUUAAAUGCUAUAAAACAAGUCAUACCACGUCUCUCUUCACAGAGCACUAUUCUAUUGCUGCAAAAUGGUAUGGGUGUUGCUGAGGAAUUAGUUGACAAUUUAUGGCCAAAUAAAGCACCUCCUACAAUAUUAAUAGGCGUCAAUCGUCAUGCAGUUGAACGUAUAGCCUCUUAUGAUAUAUGUCAUCACUCAGGAUAUCAGGAUCCCGACGCAUUACGUAUUGGUCAAUUUCCAACUAAAGAUCAUUCUUCAGUAACAAUUCAAGAAUCUAAAUUAUUACAAAAAAUCAUUGAGACGCCUGAAUUACAAGCUGCACAAUUAUCUUGGGAAGAAAUUCGUGUCAAGAUGUAUAAGAAAUUAAUAGUUAAUGCCUGCAUUAAUCCUGUGGCAUCUUUGCUAAUGUCCAAGAAUAUAGGCACUAUUAAAAAUGGUAAUCCAGGCGGUAUUGCAAUGAUGAGAGCUAUUUGUGAAGAAGCUUAUGAUGUUUUCAAAGACGAUUUGCCCGGUGAAUCAGUAAACACUUUAAUGAAUAUGGUAUUAGCUAUCAACAAAGAAGCAGGUGAAAACAUAUGCUCUACCCUUCAAGAUAUUAAAGCAAAUCGUCUUACAGAAAUCGAUUAUAUUAAUGGAUAUAUUUGUAAAAUGGGAUAUAAAAAGAACAUUAGUGUUAAAUCUAAUCAAGCUAUAGUUAACCUUAUUCAUGCCAAGGAAGCAUUGUAUGAAUAGAUUAUACUUGAUUCUGUCAAAAAAAAAAAAAUCACGUUAUUCCUCUCUCUCUUCUUCUUUUUAAUUAAGGUUAUUGCAUUACAUACUCUUUUAUUAACCUUGUUUUUUUUUCUUAUUUUAGUAGGUUAAACACCUGUAGAAGAGAUAUAGUGUUGUUGUACCUUUCUUUAAUUAGUAACUAUUGGCUCUCCACAUAUUUCUUAUUGCCCACAAAGGUUAUUGGAUAGCACUUUUUUUUUUCUAGACUAAUUUUCCUAAAUGCGCCCUCCUUGAAAUUUAGUUUAUAUUGUGUCUUAUUUGCACCAC